CAUUCCGCUUCCGGUUGGCUGGGCGCUUCAGCAAAGUUGUGGCUACCGUGGUCGCGAUGGGCAAGUCAGAUUUCCUUACCCCUAAGGCCAUCGCCAACAGGAUCAAAUCCAAGGGGCUUCAGAAGCUGCGCUGGUAUUGCCAGAUGUGCCAGAAGCAGUGCCGGGACGAGAAUGGCUUUAAGUGUCAUUGUAUGUCCGAAUCUCACCAGAGACAACUACUGUUGGCUUCAGAAAAUCCUCAGCAGUUUAUGGAUUACUUCUCCGAGGAAUUCCGAAAUGACUUUCUAGAACUUCUCAGGAGACGCUUUGGCACUAAGAGAGUCCACAACAACAUCGUGUACAAUGAGUAUAUCAGCCACCGGGAGCACAUCCACAUGAAUGCUACCCAGUGGGAGACUCUGACUGAUUUUACCAAGUGGCUGGGCAGAGAAGGCUUGUGCAAGGUGGAUGAGACGCCGAAGGGCUGGUAUAUUCAGUAUAUCGACAGGGACCCAGAAACUAUCCGCCGGCAACUGGAACUGGAGAAAAAGAAGAAGCAGGACCUUGAUGAUGAAGAGAAGACAGCCAAGUUUAUUGAAGAACAAGUGAGAAGAGGUCUGGAAGGGAAAGAACAGGAGGCUCCUGUUUUUACGGAAUUAAGCAGAGAAAAUGAUGAAGAAAAAGUUACAUUCAAUUUGAAUAAAGGAGCAUGUAGGUCAGCAGCAACAUCAUCCAAAUCAAGCUCCUUGGGACCGAGCGCGUCGAAGACGGUCGGGAAUGCGGCAUCAGUUAAGCGAAAAGAAUCUUCCCAGAGCGCAGCUCGAUCAAAAGAAAAGAAAAAAAAGAAAUCAGCACUCGAUGAAAUCAUGGAGAUCGAGGAGGAAAGGAAAAGAAGUACCCGAACAGACUACUGGCUACAGCCUGAAAUCAUUGUAAAAAUUAUAACCAAAAAACUCGGAGAGAAAUAUCAUAAGAGAAAGGGUGUUGUUAAGGAAGUAAUUGACAAAUACACAGCUGUCGUCAAGAUGAUCGACUCCGGAGACAAGCUGAAACUUGACCAGACUCAUUUAGAAACAGUAAUUCCAGCACCAGGGAAAAGAAUUCUCGUUUUAAACGGAGGCUACAGAGGAAAUGAAGGUACCUUAGAAUCCAUCAAUGAGAAGACUUUUUCAGCUACCAUAGUCAUUGAAACUGGUUGUUGUGAAAACUACAGAAAAUACACAGGAGGUGUCAGACGGGGAGCCACGCAUCUGUGGCCCCGCCUGGUGUUAAUCUGGCCUGAAGAAUUUCGUUAGGGAGAAUGGGUCUCCCUGGUCAGAACAGGGAAACCAUUCGGAUUGGUAUUUAUGAAAAGCUUUGAAGAUAGGCUACAGGAGUCCUGAAGAUGAUUGGGAGAUAGGGGCCCUGCGACACCCCAGCUGAGAUUUACGGUGACGACCUACUCCUCUCUACAGAAUUACGUUCUGAUCAAUCCCUAGUGGGUUGCAGAAUGCUCCAAAGAAUAAGCAAGCGUAAUACAGGUAACUGUCAGGUUGUUUUCCUUUAUUGCUGAGAGCACAAUACUUUCAGAAACUAAUCAAGAGGUAAACAGUGGAAGAAUCUCUUCCUUUCCACUGAUCCCUAGUAAUUUGGUUCCUUCAUUUGAAAUUCAAAAUGGAGUAUCCAUUUGUAACUCAAAAUUAAUUAUAUAGAGAAGGCAUAUUUUUGGUCUCAAUGGGGGCGCGUGGACAGCAUUAAUACAAUUUUAGUUGCCUUAUUCAAAAUGCCAGCUAUUAACAAAAGUUUUGAUAAUUGAAUAACAUGGAUUUGACUUUAAAUCUAGUUUUACAGAACUGUGUUGUUCAACAUCCUGCAUAUAAAUAUACAGCCUAAGAUCUUCGUUGUUAUUUUUAGAACUGCAGAGCACAUGUAAAAUACUAGGAAUCAAACUAAACAUAUAUCUAAAGAUAGUAGUUUUAAAGUCUAAAUUCUUGCCAAGUAGCAGAGUUAAGUGUAAGAACCUACUUUUGAAGUUUGUGUUACAUAUUAGCAUUUUAAGAUCAGUAUUUUUGAAGUAGAAAACGGAAGUAGACUUUUAAUGUACCAUAGGUACCACAGAUAAAACUAAAAGGCAGUGCCAUUUACCUCUUCAGCACUGAGGUUACCUAUGGAUUCUAGAAACAUCACAUUUCCUUACUAUUUUACAAUUAGACCAAAAGACAAAAACUUGAUUUUGUAAAUACGGGUUGAGUGUGUAAAAAGAGGCAGUUUUGUGUACUUUCUAAAGUAAAAACAACUUUUACCAAAUUAUGCAGAGAAAGCUUCAUAAAAAUGGAC